AUGGAGGCUUUCAUGGGUAGUUACAAGGAGAAAGAAGAACAACGAGAAGAAAAUCAAGAUGAUGAUCAUGAGGAGAACCUCAAAACUAGAAUCUCUAGCCAUCCUUUAUAUGGGCUCUUGGUUGAAACUCACCUUGACUGUUUGAAGGAAGCAUAUUGUUUGGCACUUAGAAAGCUGAAGGAAGCAAUGGAGGAACCUCACCGAAAGUCCAUGACUUUCAUAACUAGCAUGCACCAUCAACUCAAAGAGCUCACUGCCACCAGGUCUCAUCUUGAUCUACCUGAAUCACCUACCAGCUUCCACCACCGCCGCCCCACUUCUGGUCAGUCUUAA